UCGAUCAGUUGAUUCUCUCUCUCUCUCUCUCUCUCUCUCUCUCUCUCUCUCUCUCUCUCUCUCUCUCUCUCUCUCUCUCUCUCUCUCUCUCUCUCCAAACUUGAAACUUUUAUUUUAGCAUUUUUUAGUGCCUUGUUUUUUGUAUGUUUGUUUGUUUGUUUGCCCUUUAGCUGCUUCCGUUAAUGUAAAGUGGAGGGGAGGUGGAUGAGCGGUGUUUGGAGGUGGAUGAAUGGUGUUUGGAGGUGGAUGAAUUGUGUUUGGAGGUGGAUGAACGGUGUUUGGAGAUGGAUGAGCGGUGUUUGGAGGUGGAUGAGUGGUGUUUGGAGGUGGAUGAGUGGUGCAUGGAGGUGGAUGAGCGGUGUUUGGAGGUGGAUGAGUGGUGUUUGGAGGUGGAUGAGUGGUGUAUGGAGGUGGGUGAGCGGUGUUUGGAGGUGGAUGAGUGGUGUUUGGAGGUGGAUGAGCGGUGUUUGGAGCUGGAUGAGUGGUGUAUGGAGGUGGAUGAGCGGUAUUUGGAGGUGGAUGAGUGGUGUUUGGAGGUGGAUGAACUGUUUUUGGAGGUGGAUGAAUGGUGUAUUGAGGUGGAUGAGUGGUGUGUGGAGGUGGAUGAACGGUUUUUGAAGGUGGAUGAACAGUGUUUGGAGGUGGAUGAAUGGUGUUUGGAGGUGGAUGAGGGGUGGUUGAUGAGUCUGUAAGUGGAUGAGUGGUCUUUCCCCUUCUCUUUCCAGACAUUCUUCAGUUGCUGGUUUUUAAGAAUGGCGACCCAAUGUUAUAGUCCAUUCUUUGAGGUCUAGUAAAUAUCACCUCCUAUAGAUGUGUGUGUGUGUGUUACCUGAGUCCUAUAUUGUCGACCAUUUCCCAUACGUCACAGAACCUACGGACGGAGCCUUUCAUCUCCUUACCUGAGCAAUACGUGUUAUGAGCAUGUUACGGGGCCUUCAUACGCCCUUCGCAGACUUAGGUGGCAGUUUUUUCCAUAUACCACGUAAAAUAAAGUUCCUUCUUCACUUUGCAGAGUUUAGGGACACAUUUUUUUCCUCCCCUACCAACAAUAAGCUUCCUUGGUAACUGUUAUGGGGAUUUCACAUUUAUAUUCCCUCUACACAAUCCACUCACAGGCAUGGAGCUUAUCUCCCUGCGUGGACAGUCAGGCAUAUCCGUCUCUCUCUUACGCAACGUCUUCCCACAAUCCAUAUCUAUAUCAUAUACGACUGAAGCUAGACAAACUCGCCCUGGCUGACGUGGUACAGCGUUAGGUGAAGGAUACAGACGUUAAGACAGGCAUAACGUAUUCAAGAUUUAUUAUCUGUGCCGCAGUCUUGGGUUAUAUGAUUGAACUGUGGAAUAUACUUGCUGUGAGUGGUCCAGGGUAAUCAGGUGAGGUGAAAGAGACGAAGAAAAUGGGAAGAUACUAAAUGUUUCUACGAAUAUUUAAUAACCAGAGGAAAAGGAAGAAAUCCACUCCUGCAAAUACUGUAGAGGAUGAUGAUGAAUGCCUCAACACAUAUUUGGAAACUGACGAGAAACAGGAUGAAAAUAAAUGCUUCAACAAAUAUUUGACAACCGGAGCCGAUAAAAAAAAAAAAACGAAAGAAAAUAAAGCUUCAAAAGAUUGGAUUGGAGUAGGUUUGCGUGGGUUAGGUUUGGUUUGCUUAGGCCGGUUAGGUUUGGUUUGGUUAGGCUAUGUUAGAUUAGGUAAGGUUAGGUUAGGUUUGGUUAGGUUAGGUUAGAUUAGGUAAAGUUAGGUUAGGUUUGGUUAGGUUUCGUUUGGUUGGGUUUGGUUAGGUUAGGUUAUGCCAGGUUAGCUUAGGUUUGGUUAGGCUAUGUUAGAUUAGGUAAGGUUAGAUUAGGUUUGGUUAGGUUUCGUUUGGUAAGGUUUGGUUAGGUUAGGUUAGGCCAGGGUAGGUUAGGUUUGGUUAGGUUAGGUUAGGUUAGGCCAGGGUAGGUUAGGUUUGGUUAGGUUAGAUUAGGUUAGCUUUGAUUUGGUUAGAUUAGGUUUCGUUUGGUUAGGUUAGGUUUAGUUAAUGUUGAAAAUAAAUGUUGAAAAUGCAUAUAUUCGAUUUUUAUUCGCUUGAUUAAAUUUAAGUCUGAUUCUGUCCAUACUGUGAUGUGUGUGUGUGUGUGUGUGUGUGUGUGUGUGUGUGUGUGUGGCCCAGAAAUGAAUAUGUUAAUUCACUCCGCACACCUGUCGUACACCUGCGCAUUGGUUACAUUUUUAAAACGCGUAAACCUAAAAAAAAAAAAAAACUAAUAAAAUGGUGCUCUUCUGUAUUCUAUUUCGACACACCUGAGACCCUCCCAGCCGUCUCACCUGUCUCAGCACACCUUGCCUCACCACCACCACCACAGCCCUAUCCUCCAUACACAUACUACAUUAACCACCUCCGCUACUUCCUUCUCCUCCGCCUCCUCCUCUUCCACCACCACCACAGCCCUAUCCUCCAUACACAUACUACACUAACCACCUCCGCUACUUCCUUCUCCUCCGCCUCCUCCUCUUCCACCACCACCACCACCACCACAUAUCCAUGAUCACUACUUUUAUUACCACUCAUUAUGAUCUACACAUACUUAUUAUUUCAUCACCACUCUCAUCAAUCACCACUCCCACCACCACUACUAAUACUACACCUCCACUACAUGCGUCACCACCCUCACAACCACCUCUAUUUACCCACUGUUAUCAUCACGCCCCUCACCACCACCUCAUUAUCCACCGGCCACCUGUCUACACCACCUGAACCGCGGAAGAGGAAGACCAG